UUGGUCAGAUCAGCACAAGAAGUGGAAACGUAAACAUUUUGGUGAAAAUUUUACGAUCUCUCGGGUGAAAAUUGUCCGUUUUUCCUGUUUUAUUCGUGCGGAAUGUUCGCCUGACCGUACAGCUGCCGGGAGAAAAUGUACUCGGAGUGGGCUUCGCUGGUGCCGACGAUUACGGAAAACAUCACCAAUGCCCAAUCGCAAAGUGUUCUGGGGAAAUUCGGAAUCGUGGGUGGGCGUGAUGUGGCAGCCGUCGUCGUGAAACAGUUAGCUGGCAAUCUGGGCAUUACGAAUGCGGCCGAGCCGAGUACACUGGUAGCGGAUCAGGAGGUUCAAUGGUGCAUGGAUGUAAUUUGUCACGGACUUUCCCUUCCGCUGUCUGAGCACGAUAUCAUAAAAGAUUGUGUCAACAUCUACUGCGAGUGGCUGACGGCUCUGCUGGCGAAUCCUAAAAUCAGUGUUCCGAAGCCAAUUUGCGAUGAUCCGAAUACCUACGUCCGGCGGAUCAUCAAGCAUCUUUAUAAUCUGUUCGUCCCCAGACCAGGAGAAGACUGGCCUUUUGUAUAUCAAGAGGAUUUAGGAACGGAUACCAUCAACCGCCAGGCAGUGUUCUGUCACCGGGUGCUCCGAACUCUGCAGGAUACUGCCCAAAAUUCGCAAAUCCUGACGGUAGAAACAUGGGAAGCAUUGCUGCUUUUUCUGUUGGCAAUCAACGAAAUCCUGCUGGCUCCACCAAUCGUCAAGGAUGACGUGGGCGAUCAACUGUGCGAACGUGUCCUAUCGGUGUUGUUUGAGGUGUGGCUGCUGGCAUGCAGCCGAUGCUUCCCGUCCCCGUCGUUGUGGAAAACCUUCCAGGAAUCUUGCGCUGGCUGGCGUCAUCGGAUUGCACUCGUGGAACAGUGGAACCGGGUAAAUCUGGUUUUGACUGCCAAACUGCUGGAAUUCACCUACGGGCCUGCAUUUCCGGAAAUGAAAAUUAUUGAAGAAGACAGUAACCUCAUCCCAGUUGGUAUGACUAACGAUGGCAUUGCCCAGUCUUGGAUUCGGUUUCUGAAGAUUCUAGGAGCUCCUACAGACCUCUGCUGCCCGCAGGUUGUCAGUCGUACUUCACAGUUUAUUCAAGCGGUUCUGCUGAAUGCAGAUGGAAUCGAACCACACUAUCAUCCUUGUUUGUUGCAGCUACCGCAGAUUUUUUUAAAAACAAUGAAAGGAAUUGCCGGGUUGGUGGACGCUUUCUUGGGCAUAGCUCAAUACAGACAGGACGAUGCAAACAUCCUGGAACAUAUAAAUCAGCUGCAUUUCUACAGUGCUAGUGGCGGCGGCGGUGGUGGUGGUGGAAACACAACCCCAAAUAUAAAUUUCAGGCAUUCCGGCGGUGAAAUCAAACAAAGUCCAUCAAUUCGUGCGAGCGGAGGUCUGGGGGGAUUGGGAUUGGGAGCAGCCUUGGGCGUAGCGGGAAGUGCAACCUGCACUCAUACCAGUGUUGGCGGUGGUAGUAAUAAUCAUAGCACUAGUCAAACCGAUGGAAACACAAGCUCCGGAAAUGUGGGCGUUAGUGUGAUAAGCAAUUUCAUGAGUAGCGUUUCACACGAUGGAUCUCAGUUCGGAGGGGUCGGUAGCGGAGAUGGAGCACCGAAUUCACCAACACCUCCACUACAGAGAAGACUGGCCAAGAGUUUCAGCGUUGCACCGUCGAUUUCCGCCCAUGCCGUAAUUUCGAUGGCCCACUCAAAGGGUCUUACCAAGAGCUCAUUCAGUGGAUUGACCAGUAGCCGAACAUUAGCCAAUCAAGGCAAUCUAAUUCCCCAAUCGGCGUCGUUGCCUUCUUCCAAUUUUUCCUCCAUGUUGUCGCUGUGUCAGGAAAAUCGUUAUCCGUUGGCAACCAACCGCCCACGCUGUAACAGUAUUCUGCAUCUCUUCGGCGAGUGGCUCUUCGAUGCGGCUCACAUUGGGGGUGAAACAUGGAUUCAGAACAUGAAAAAAAAAUCCGUCGAAGCAAAGCGCCGUCCAUCUUCGAUGAUUAUGGACAACCGCAAGGGAAGUCUCUCGCAACCUCCGUCCUUGUCGGAGAUGAGCGACGUUCCACCGGGUCUCACUAUCGACAAGUACGAAUCCGGUAAGGCAGAAGCUGUGGGAGCGCUGUGUCGAAUAUUUUGCGCCAAAAAAACCGGCGAGGAAAUCCUUCCGGUCUAUCUCGCCCGUUUCUAUAUGGCCCUUCAGCAAGGACUGAAGCUGAACGAUACGAAAGAGUGCGAGGAAACGUUGGCUAGCGUUCUGUACAAUUCAUCCGAUUUGUUCCGAAUCGACUUGGAGGGCAUUCAGGUUCUGCUUCCGUCGUUUAUUGCCGCACUGGAAUUGAUUUUACCGGAAAAGGAAUUGCGAAUGAAAUCCAGUGUCAUUGUAAACAAGACUGAACUGAGACGAGCGGCAAUCAACGUGCUGUUGUCCAUGCUGGCGCUACCGCUGCAUUUCCAAACUCUUCCGAUAAGGGACAUCAUCGCUGGACCAGCCGAUAAGAUGAUAACUUUCAUCCAACUGAAACCCCGUUUGAUCAACAUCUUGAUGAAUGCCCUGCAAGUCGAGAAUGACCCGCAGAAUACGCACAUGCUGCUAGGUGGGCUCCAUCUCUGCGUACAGGAUUCCGGGAGCUUCGAAGAGAUGGAACUAGGUCCGGAUGUGCUGCACACUUCUCAGCAUUCCAACGAUGCCAAUUUGCUGAGCUCAGCCUGCUCGGAGAAGAGUACGUACUCGAUCAAUAGCGCCAAUUCCAGCAUCGGAGGCAACAGUACCGCAACGCUUAGCAAUGAGCCCUCUAGUUUGCCGGCUUUCGAUGAUUUCUCAUCCGACAUUUUUCAUGAUUUAGAAUUGAGUUCGUCCGCUGUUUAUGAUAGUGGACAUGCUCUCUUUGUCCGAGCAACGUACUUGGUGUGUCACCGUUUGAUUUCCUCAUGGAAAACGGAUCUGAACGUAUCACUGGCGGCACUGGAGUUGCUUUCCGGUUUAGCAGCUAUGCAUAUCAAAGAUUCCGAUGCCCUGGAGUGCAAACGAGCCGUCAAAUGGAUUUGCGAUUACAUCUGCUAUCAGUGUUCUCGGCCACCCCCGGCGCACAGCAAGGACCUUCACAGUACCAUCGUGGCCGCUUUUCAGUGCACCUCUACUUGGUUGAUGUAUCAUCCGUACCUGCUUCAGGACAAGGAAUGCCUUACCACUGUACUGGAGGUGGUUGAGUUAGGAAUUUCUGGUUCCAAGAGCGUGGGAAAACCAGGAGAACCGGUUAAGCAUAAGGAUGAGAAAGAGCUGAAACCUGCUUCUAUGCGUGUGCGUGAUGCGGCCGAGAACUUGCUGACGCUGAUUCUGGAGCAGAUCGAUUACUUUCCCAAUGAGUGUGGAAAGCAAUCGCUAUCGUCCCUGUUGGAUGAGGUAGUCCUCGCGAAGCACUCCAAUACGAAUGAGGAAGAUACGUCGGAGAUCAAUCAAGAACAAGCGAUCAGAAAGUUCAAGUAUUUUGUCACUGAGAAUUCCACCAUUUUGGCUUUGUUCGAAGAACCGCUUGGCAAUGACCAAGAUCCACAACCCACGGUUACUAUUUUGAUCCGUGGUCCCUUUGGACGCCACGCAUGGACCAUGCAGCUGCGGCAUCUAUCUCGAAGCAAAUCCGGUACAAAAUACCAUGCACCAAACCCUGGUCGUCCGGUUCCAAUGAACGACAUCAUGAUCCGUCAGGAAGUAGAAUAUAAGUACUUCCCCGAUUCGGUAGAUCGCAUUCAACCGUGCGUAGUCGACUAUUCCAUCCCUACUCUCGACACAACGGAGCAAAAGAUUGGCAAUCAAUCAACAAAGCACCUGGCACGCUUGCUCGAAGAUCAGCUGGUCUACGAGAAGCUUUCGUGGGCUCAAACUGAGUGUUCGGUAGAUGGUUUGGGUCAUGCCCAGGAAGCUACCGCCCCAAAUGUAUGUCACGAAUUUCAAGCUGCGCGCCUUUUCCUCGCUCACUUUGGCUUUCUCUCGAUUGGUCAAAAUAUCAAUGGACAGAAACUGUUAACUGCAUUGGAUACUUCCAAGCCAGAGUUCUGUCAUGACCUGAAAAUGCUGGAUACGAUGAGUCCUCGUACGUGCGACACAAUUCACGUUUUCUACGUCAAGGCCGGCCAAUCGUCUGAGUCGGAUAUCAUAGGCAAUAUGGACCCGGAGAAUCUCGCUAACAUUGAUGUGCAUUUCUUGAAUGUUCUGUACACGCUCGGAUGGUCAGUUAACGUAGAGGAGCAUGCUGGAUGGACUGGAUUUAUCAGCUCCAGCUGGAAGAUUCCAAAAGAUUACAAAGAUCAACGGAAGUCGCAAUCGUUCAACACUUCCAACGUUGAGGAUCUUCAACUGAACGGUGAGAAGAAAGUUCUAUACUGGGCUGACGUUGCAUCGGAAAUCGCGAUUGUCGUCCCGAACCGUAGCAACAAAAGUGAAGUCUAUUUGGAAGACACCACGGAUGGCAAUCCGACGACUACGUACGAACGUAGUGUAAGCGAAAUCCAAACUUCGAAAGCAGCCUCCAGCAAAUCCCGUCAGUUUUCCCUGGAUAACGAACCAGCUCGAUUGGGAUCGAUGAGCAGCAGAUCGGCCGAUCCGAUCCCACCGGUGCGAAGACGGACGGGUGCUUCCAAACCUACCACCUUGUACACCGCACCGACAGCGAAAAUUCUACUCGUAUGGCUGGAGAGCUACGAAGAUCAUCUAACAUUCCCGAUCGAUGAUUUACUGCACUACACGCGAGCUGGUUACUCGACGGUGCAAGGACCGGUUGCCCCCAUAAAUUCAAAUGAAUGUCACAUCAUAUUUUUGCAUGCUCUGAAUUCCGGAUUGCUACGGGUCAAAUUGCAUGGACCAAUCGGAAGGAUGAACUUUGCCAUUCCCCUUAUCGAUGGAAUGGUGGUCAGCAAAAGGGUGAUUGGAUCGUUGAUCCGUCAAACGGCUUACAAUAUGGCUAAGAGGAGGCGGUUGGAUAAUGAUUCAUAUCAACCACCGCACGUUCGGAGGCGCAUCAAGGUUCAGGAAAUGAUGCAAAAAUACAAAAAGGAUAUGACUGAACCGGAGCUGUUGGCGGAUCUUUUUAAACCUUCUAUCUGAAAAGCGGCUCUAGCAUGAGUUAACUGUUACUGGAAAAAAAGUAUUAUUUUUGUCUUAAUGUCCAUGUCUAGCAACAAUGUAAUUGUUUCGUGUUUGUCCAUUAGUGUAUGUUUUUAACGAAAAAAGCAUUUUUCUUUUAAUUUAUUUAACCCCAGCAAAUAAAAUAUAACGUUGAUAUCGUGUACACUCCAAUUGCAUGAGAAGAAUUGCUUAUUUAUUUCAUUGGAUGAAGAUUUUCCAUACAUAAAAUAAGUAAAAAUUGUGUGAAGGAAUGGAGCAUAUGGAAUAUGUGACGGAAUGCAGGAUUUGGGUGGAUGUCAUUAUUACGCACAUGGA